AUGGCUAUUCGCAACAAGUAUUCAGUGCUGCUGCCAACGUACAAUGAGCGACGCAACCUACCAAUCAUCGCCUGGUUGCUCAAUAGAACCUUCACCGAAAACAACCUGGAUUGGGAGCUCAUCAUCAUUGACGACGCCUCGCCCGAUGGCACACAAGAAAUAGCAAAGCAACUCAUCAAGGCUUACUCCCCAGAACGCAUCAAGCUGCAACCGCGAGCUGGCAAGCUGGGCCUCGGGACUGCCUAUGUUCACGGCUUGCAAUACGUUACUGGCAACUUUGUCAUCAUCAUGGACGCCGACUUCAGCCACCACCCAAAGUUCAUCCCUCAAAUGAUCAAGAAACAAAGCGAGAACGGCGCCGACUACGACAUUGUCACUGGAACCCGCUACGCGGGAGAUGGAGGUGUCUACGGCUGGGAUCUGAAGAGAAAGUUCGUCAGCAGAGGCGCCAACUUGUUCGCCGACACUCUGCUCAGACCAGGUGUCAGCGACUUGACUGGCAGUUUCAGACUCUACAAGAAAGCCGUCUUGCAAGAGGUCAUUCGCAAGACCGAGAGCAAAGGCUACAGUUUCCAAAUGGAGAUGAUGGUCAGAGCAAAGGCCAUGGGCUUUAAGGUUGCCGAAGUACCCAUUAGCUUUGUGGACCGCUUGUACGGAGACUCGAAGAUCGGUUCCAACGAGAUCACGGCAUACGCAAAGAGCGUCAUCUCGCUGUGGGUCAAGGUCUAA